AAUGGUAAAGAAAGGGUUCGAUGAUUCUGAUGAAACUAAAAAAAAACUAAAAACCCAUUGGGUUGUAACAUAUAUUCGUCCCGUUUCACCGGUUGCCGGUGAAAAUAUCAUUUUUCAAAUCCGUUAACAGCUUAAAUGCAGAUAAAUAUCGUAUACCAUUUGAAAUGUGAGAUUUCAGAGUUUAUUUCGAAAGAAUUUCUUUUGCGGUUGGUAAAUUCUAGUGUUUUUUGUGUGCGCCUAGGGAUGUGCAUGCAUUCGGGUAGCCGGACUAUUUCGGGUACUUUGUAUAGGUACCUACAUUUUGUAAGUUUGGAUUACGAAUUACUCAGGCUCCGCUGUUCAAAGGUUAAACAAAACAAUAAUAUCUAUCCAAGAAUGAUUGGAUAUUGGAAAGUAUGUUACCCGUCGUAAUACUUGAUAUACAAUCAUCGUUACAAGUGUCAAUGCUGCGUACGUGUUAAUACCUUGAUGUCUCAUAUCCGCAGUUUCUACUCGGUUAUCAGAAAAUUGUAGAUAUCUGUUAUCGAAUUGAUAAGUAUUGUAAAAUCAAGUUGAGUUCUCUAUAGUCUGUAGUCAGUUUUCCAUUAAAUCGCAACGCGUUGUGUCCGUGCCGUUGAUUCAAAUUUUUGCUCAAUAUGAACUCUUCACCUGGAACUUCCAACGGUGAUACCAAAGUGAAAGCCGAAGUAGGGCAUCGGUAUAAGGAUAGUUAUUUAAAACACGGAUUUUGGCAUGAUGGACCCGAAAAUAAACCGCAUCCCAAGUGUCUUGUAUGCGGCACAAAAUUUGACAACAAAAAUAUGAGGGCACUAAUACUGAAAGAUCACUUUGAUCAAAACCACCGUGACACAGUUCUAGUGGAUUACUUUACACAACUAAGGGAUCAACAAAUAAAGCAAGUAGGAAGUUAUAAUGUGUCGAAUAAUAAUGUGUUGAAUAAGAAUGUAUCGAAUAAUCAUGUGUCGAGGAAUACUGUGUUGAAUCAUCUUCACGAGGCGAAUGAUGAAGUUGCGAAUUACGAACAGCUAAAUUGUAAAGUGGUUGAAUUGAUUGUGAAGAACAUGCAACUAAUAGACAUGCAUAGAGCAGUACAAUAUCUAAUUUUACCUGCUUGCGAAGAAGUUAAUCUUGUGUCACAUUCCUAUUCAGAGGGUACAGAAUCAAAUGUAUCCUUAUCGCACAACAGUAUUUCUGGCUACAUAAAAAAUAUACUUCGCGAUAUUCGGCAACAAUUAAUCGCAAAAUUAGUUGGUAAAAAAUUUUCACUAUUACUCGAUGUACAUCACGAACGUCAUUUGAUGAGCUGUGUAAGAUUUGUGGAUGAACAUUCUAUCGUAGAGCAUUUUUUAUCUUACAUCGACUUAACAGAAAAAGUUACUGAUUCAGAUAUAUAUAAUUCUAUACAAGACAUGUUGAGAACAAAUGAAUUAGAAUUUCAACAUUGUGUUUCAAUAUUCGUUGCUAGUAUGGAUGAAAAUAAAAACAAAUUGUUUGUUGACUACCUGCAGGAAAAGUUACCUAAUAAAACAAUCAAAUGUUGGUAUGAUCGAACUGUUUUGAUAACACAAACACUUUCCGAACCUCUAAAAGAUGUAAUGAUCACAGUAGAUAAGAUGAUUAAAGUCAUUAUAUGUAGUUCAAUUGGGCGCCAAAUUAGCAAGGUUAUGUAUCAGAAAAUGGGGAGUCGUCACAAAUCGCUGCUCUUUGGCACUAAGUGCUGGAUGUUCAGAAGCCAAGCACUCCGCGCAGUUUACGAUCAAAAGGAGGCGUUAUUAGAUUUUCUUACUAAAAAGAGAUUGAAUGUCUAUGCUGGUAAGAUUAGAGACCAAGAGUGGUGGACAAAAUUUGCAUACCUCGCUGAUAUAUCCCAAAUAGUGAUCGACCUUAUCAAAAGUAUGCAGGAUGCCGAAUCAUACUUCUUUACGUCGAUUGAUAAAGUGGAGGCAUUCAGGGCUAACAUUAAUAGAUGGAUAGAAGAUGUUAAAAAUAGAAACUUCAAACAUCUUUCUGCUUUGAAGGAUAAAGUAUCGCAAUACUUUCCUCUUGACAACGCGAAUGAAUACAAUUGGAUCCGAAAUCCCUUUGCUCUGAAGGAUGAAGAGAGAAAUCAUCUAUCGCCACCGAAACAAGAAAUGUUGGUAAUUUUAUCACAUAAUCGUGAAUACCAGCUAAUCUAUAGAGAUAGGCGCAACCUACUCACAUUUUGGAUUAUGGCAAAAGACGCGUAUCCGGAGUUAGCGGAUGAUGCCUUAUCUAUAUUACUACAGUUUUCAUCCAGUUACAUGAUAGACGAAGGACGUUCUGCAUUAUACGCCGUUACAUUUUAUAAAGAAGAACGAUUACUUUCAGUUGAAGAGGAAUUGCUGUUGCAUUUGUCUACGAUUCGACCUGAAUUUCGGAAACGAAUAGUUCUCGAUGAUCAAUCCACCAAUUGAUAGAUAUCAUAUUUUUAUAAUUUCUUUCUUCCUUUUGUACUAGUGGAUAAAUCUCGCUGAAAAUAAAAAAAAUACAUGCCUUA